AUGGCUUCAAAUUACUGUUCUUCCACCGCCACUUCUAUGUUUUUACUCUUCUUCUUCUUGUUCACCUCUUCCUCUAUGGCUACUUUGGUACAGCAACAGCCCCUUUUAUUGAAAUACCACAACGGGGACUUGUUAAAAGGCACCAUCACCGUUAAUCUCAUCUGGUACGGAAAGUUCACUCCGAUCCAACGCUCCAUAAUCGUCGAUUUUCUGCAGUCUCUAAACUCUCCCAAACCCCCAAUACCCUCUGUUUCUUCCUGGUGGAAGACUACUGAGAAGUACAAGGGAGGUGGUUCAUCUACACUAGUCGUAGGAAAACAAAUCCUUGACGAAAAUUACUCUCUUGGAAAAUUCCUCAAGAAUUCCCAUUUAAUUUACUUGGCAUCCAAAGGUGGGCACUUAAGAGGGUCGAUUAACGUUGUUUUGACGGCAAAAGAUGUCGCCGUUAAUGGGUUCUGCAUGAAUAGAUGUGGUAGCCACGGGUCAACCCGUGGCCUGACUCGGUUUGCUUAUGCUUGGGUGGGAAACGCGGAGACUCAGUGCCCGGGUUACUGCGCCUGGCCUUUCCACCAGCCCGUUUACGGGCCGCAGUCACCACCUUUACUGGCACCUAACGGUGACGUUGGAGUUGACGGGAUGAUCAUCAAUCUGGCCACGGUUUUGGCGGGAACAGUGACGAACCCGUUUAACAACGGGUAUUUUCAGGGCCCUGCUACGGCACCACUGGAGGCUGUCACUGCUUGCACGGGUGUGUUCGGGUCGGGCGCUUACCCGGGUUACGCCGGUAAAUUGUUGACGGAUAAGAAUACUGGAUCCAGUUACAAUGCGCACGGGGUGAACAACCGGAAGUUCCUGGUCCCGGCGAUGUGGGACCCGCAAACAUCUCAGUGUUCGCCGCUCGUCUGA